CUCAUCAUUUUCUUAAGAUAUAAAAAUGCAGUCAUAAACACAACUGUUCCGAAAUUGCAGAGUGCUUCGAGAGUGCCAAAUCGAGAAAUUCAAGAAAUUGCACCGUGCCAAAAUGGUUCUUUUCAUAUUUAUUCUGUCUUGUAUGGUCACAGGUUCUCUUGCCUGUACUGAUGAACAUUGUCAGGAUUUUACUGUCACCACACAGCUGUACGAAACAAAGUUUAUGCCAAACAGAUCACAACUAGAAAUUAUUUGCCCAAAUCUCAUCAAGAUGUUUGAGUGCGAGAAGACAUAUCUGGAAUGUCCUGGACAAAGCAUCGAAGAGGUAGCUGUCUCUUCAGAUACAGUGAAAUCAAAACUAGCAAAAGCCAUUCUGGGCGGAUUGAGUUUGAUCCGUGAAUUAUGUGACAAUGAUUCAGAUCUCCAGAAAGAUUAUCUUGAAAGUGUGGAAUGUGCUAGAAGCCAUAUUACCGAUAUCGGAAGGCUGUGUCUGCCAGAAACUUCCAAACCGACAGAGGAUUAUUUUAACCAAUUCUAUUCGAAUGAAGAUGAUUUCUUCAAAAAAAUUUCUCAUAUCAGUUGUGUUAAAGACGCAUUCCAUACGGCUUGCAUGGUAUAUAAACUCCGUGACACCUGUGGAACCGUUGCAGAAAAAACAGCACUAUAUGGUUUGGAAAGAAUGAAAGAUGCCUUGAAAGCUAACAGAUGUGCGAAUGUAGAAAAUGCUGAAAAUCUGAAGACGAAAUUCUUGGAAUUCUUGAAUUAUGAUGAACAGAAAAAGAAUAGUAUAAAAAGAGUCUUGGACUUUUUCUUGAGAGAGUAAAAAGAAUGAUUCAAAUGAAAAUUUACAACCAGCAGGAGUUUACGUUGUUUUUUUAUUAUUAUUUUUUUAUUUUGUUAAGAAUUAUUUCAUAGAUGCACAGUAUUUCGUUUUCAAUAUUAAAAAUAUAAUUAGAUUUACCAAUUACAUAAAAUAACAAAAAUAUAAUUAGAUUUACCAAUUUCAUAAAAUAACAAAAAUAUAAUUAGAUUUACCAAUUUCAUAAAAUAACAAAAAUAUAAUUAGAUUUCCCAAUUUCAUAAAAUAACAAAAAUAUAAUUAGAUUUCCCAAUUUCAUAAAAUAACAAUCUAGAAAAUCUUGAAGAUCUGAAGACAGUAUUCUUGGAAUUCUUGGAUUAUGAUGAAUAAAAAAAAAAUAGUAUCAAAAGAGUCUUAGACUUCUACACAAGAAAGUAACAAGGAUGAUUCAAAGCAAGAUAUACACCUUUUAGGAAUUAUUUUGCUUUUAAUUAUUUUAUUUAGUUAAUAAUUACUUCAUAGCUGCACAAUAUUUCGUUCUGAAUAUUAAAAAGAUAAUUAGAUUUCCCAUUUUUUUUUAAUUUCACAAAAUAACAAUCUAGAAAAUGUUGACGAUCUAAAAAUGAGAUUCUUGGAUUAUUAUGAACAGAAAAAGAGUAGUAUCAAAUGAGCCUUGGACUACGUCGCGUGAAAGUAAAAAGUAAGAUUCAAAGCAAGAUAUACAGACUUAAGGAAGAUUACGCCGUUUUUUUAAUUUUUUAAUUGUUUAAUAAUUACUUCAUAGCUGCAUAAUAUUUUGUUUUGAAUAUUAAAAAGAUAAUUAGAUUUUUCAAUGCUUUUAAAUGGAUUCUUGGAUUAUGAUGAACAGAAAAAGAGUAGUAUCAAAACUGUCUUGGACUUCUUCACGAGAAAGUAAAAAAAAAAAAAAAAAUGGUUCAGAGCAA